UUGAUGAAAACGGAAGUAAAGAAACAGACAAUGUGAUCACAAUCCAGAUGCCGGUGUUGAGUCCCAAUCUCCUGAGCAACCAUCGAGAGCUCAGGCUGGCUCACCUAGCGCUGGGAUUUAUCAGCAUGGGAUAUGUAUGGCAGGAAGGACAACAAUCACCUGCUCAGAUUCUUCCUAAAGCCCUGGCUUUGCCUUAUUGGCUGGUAUCUGAUAGGCUCGGCCUUCCUGCCAUCCUGACUUAUGCAGAUUCAGUUUUAUGCAACUGGAAAUUAAGGGAUCCCACAGGGGAUAUGGAAAUUGGGAACUUGGAUUUGAUAUUUUCCUUUCCUGGCGGGGAGAGUUGCAGGGGAUUUUUUAUUGUAUCUUUGUUGGUCGAGAUGGCUGCAAGUUCAGGCAUUACGGGAGCUCUGGAGGUGAUGCACGCCAUGAACAUCUCUGACCUCAGCAGCCUACAGAGAGGUCUCGUGAAAGUGACUCAGUCUUUGAAGAAGAUGAAGGAAACCUUCAAACUUAUGCACAAUCAUGUGGAUCCAACUGCGUUUCAUGGAACAUUGAGAAUUUUUGUCUCAGGGUGGCGAGACAACCCCAUGCUUCCAAGGGGGCUGUUGUAUGAAGGUGUGAGCAAUGAGCCAAUUUUGUUAUCAGGCGGAAGUGCAGCCCAGAGUUCAGCCCUUCAGUGCUUUGAUGCGUUGCUCUGCAUCCAGCAUGAGGAUGAGACAGGAGCCUUCCUGACACGCAUGAGGGAGUACAUGCCUCCCGCCCACCGUCGGCUGAUUGAGACUCUGUCUGUCUGUCCAUCUCUGCGAGACUUCAUCCUGUCCCACCCCAGCUCCGAUCUCUGCCAGGCCUUCAACUCCUGUAUCUCAGCGCUAGUAGAUUUAAGGAACUACCACCUCAAGACUGUGGCCAAGUACGUUAUUUUGCCCGGUUCUCAGGCCAUGGGCUGCCCGCUGAGAGGUGUUGGCACCGCGCUGAACACCACAGGGACCGGUGGAUCCAGCUUCAUGGUCUUCCUCAAGAGCACUCGUAAUGCCACUCAAAAAGCAUUGAUCCAAGAGAGGCCAUCUGCGUCAAGAGAAACUGAAAUAUGAUUUACACUACAGUAUUAAUUAUAAUAUGCACAUUAUCCAACACCUUUUUAUACACAAUGCUCUUGUUGUUCUAUUUAUAAAUGGAAUAAAAGUACAUGCUGUUUUUUUAACCUCCAGUGGUUUAUCUUUGCGAUGUGGAUGUGUACUCCAGGGUGUCAGUGCACUGUGACAUCACUGUUGGGUGUGGCCUAAACAGACUCCAUAUUUGCCAUAUUUCGUAGGCCACUUCUGCCAUGCAGGUUUAAACAAAAAAAAUCUAAAACAUCAUGAAAUAAAAAUAUGGUAAACCAAAAUGAUGCUUAAUCACAAUUGACAGAAUGUAGAUUUGUUUUAUCCCAAACUACAGCUUCUUAUGUAUUCUUGGCUUCCAUAUAAUAUAGUCCUCGAUAUUAAUGAAUAAACUUCACUGUACUUGACAUCAUAUUUCAUAUGAUCAUGUAAUAUCCUUGUUAAAACUUUUACAGACAAUGCUACAAAGUGGAUCUACAUCUAGGGAUGGAUUAAAUUUAUUCUUUUUAUCUGUUUUUGUUAAAUAAUGUAUAAU